AUGACGUCCUCGCAAAUGCAAACUGUAUACAAAGCUGCUCCUGGUGAGGACUACGCAGACGUUGUAAGGAAGGCUGUGGACUAUGCUAUCGAGGUGCAACAGGGGCGUGAUGCUGAUCGCAACUUCUACUCGGAUCAAAUGAUACGUGAAGAUACCGCGCAAUUACUCCUGGACCCAAGUCUCGACAUGAACUUUAAAGAGAAUGGUUUCGGUGCUGCAAUUCAGGCAGCUUCUCGUGCAGGGCACGAUGAUGCUGUUGCUGUUCUUUUGAAAGUCGAGGGUAUCGAUGUGAACAUCGAAGGAGCCUGUGGGGAUGAGAGAAUUAUUAUUCGCCUACUGGAGGCCAAGGCAGAUAUCAAUGCUCAGAAUGGGACUUACGGAACAGCAUUUAUCGCGGCAUCGCGUCGAUCGCACUAUCAGAUAGUGAAGCUUUUGAUCAAGGAGGGCGCAGCGGUCAAUGUGCAGGCCGGGGUUUACGGGACGGCUCUUCAGGCAGCUGCACGCUCUGGUGACAUUGGUCUUGUGCUGCUACUGUUGAAUCACAGGGCAAUGGUCAAUCUCAAAGCUGGGGAUUAUUGUACAGCUUUGCAAGCAGCAGCACGCGAUGGCUUCGUGAACAUUACCAAAACACUAAUCGAGCACGGUGCAGAUAUCAAUAUCAACAGCGGACGUCUCAAUACAGCACUUCAAGCGGCGGCUACCGGUGGCCAUGUCAGAUUGGUUCCGCUAUUGGUUGUAAUUGGCACUGAAUAUGGGGAUUCCCUGAUGAGUGCAUGUUUUGGAGGAUAUCAGGACGUUGUUCAGUAUCUCCUUGAAUGCGGUGUUGAUCUCAUUGCCGAAUCGACAGGAUUCGGGACGGCAGGCAGGCAUCUCUCAUUGGUGCGAUUUCUAUUGACCAAAGGUGCGGAUCCUAACAAUUCAGGCUGGGCUUUCGGAACUCCUCUUCAAUUUGCGGCGAUAAAGGGAGAUACGGAUCUUGUACAGGCCCUUCUUGAUAAGGGAGCUGACCCUGUCAAGCCUGGACGCAAUCAUGCCAAUGGUGGAAGCAAGAACAUAGUGAAGAUUUUGCUAAAAGCAUUGCGAUGCUCAAAGGAUUCGCCCUCCCCAAGAGAUCGAAGUGUGGCAUUGAGAGCCGCGUCAAAGCUCGGAUAUCUGGAAAUCAUUCAACUGAUUUUAAAUGAGGGCUUUGACCCGAGUGACAUGACAAAGGCUCUGAGUGCUGCAAUCGAGACAGGCCAAGAGAAGGUUGUGCAAUUCCUACUCGGUGAACGGGCACGGAUUGAUUUUGACGGGCUGAAAUUUGCAUGUUGCCGAGGGUAUUUGAACUUGGUGCGAUUGUAUCGACAGCAAUGUGAUCCCAUAUUUGCCGCAGUUCGGGAAGUGCCUCCCUUACUUGUGGCCUCGAUUCAUGGCCAGGUUGAAGUUGUGCGGGAAAUUCUGAGCGCCAAAGUAGAUAUCGACGAAAACUACCAUCGCCUGGGAAACAGUCACUCUUCUCAUUUGAAACGCGGUUCUUAUCGUGGUACCGCUUUGCAUGCUGCCCUGAUUGGUGGCCAUCACACAAUCCUUAAUAUGUUGCUCGAGAGGAACGUCAAUACAGAUAUAUUCGAGUCACACUCGUGGGAUGGUAAGUUGCAAGGCACCGUGCUUCACCUAGCUUCGUCUUCCCAAUGUCCAGAAAUUAUCCAGGCGCUUCUCAAUCACAAUGCCCAUGUGAAUGCCAUCUCUGGUAAAUAUGGCACUGCAUUACAGGCUGCAGCGUAUGCCGGCAACAUUGGUACCGUGCGCCUGUUACUGGAGAAUGGUGCAGAAGUUAACACCGAAGGGGGUUACUUCGGCACCGCAUUGCAGGCGGCUGCUAGCUAA